ACCGCUGAGAGAGAAAGAGAGAGUGACAGAGAUGGGAGAACGUUUUUCCCGAAAUGAGCUACCGGAAUUUGUACCGGAAGAAUCCGCCGGAGAAGAUGAAACUGUUACCGCAGGUAAAGAUUCGUUGACGAAACUGCUAUCACUUCCGUACAAAUCAUUCUCCGAGAAGCUUCAGAGUUAUGCUCUAAGCCUUAAAGAUAAAGUAGUGUGGGAGACAUGGGAAAGAUCUGGAAAACGUGUUCGAGAUUAUAAAUUGUAUACUGGAGUUCUUGGGACAGCUUAUCUCUUGUUCAAAUCUUAUCAGGUUACUAGAAAUGAAGAUGAUCUUAAGCUAUGCUUAGAGAUUGUUGAGGCUUGUGAUGUAGCUUCAAGAGAUUCUGAGCGAGUGACAUUUAUAUGUGGUCAUGCUGGUGUAUGUGCUCUUGGUGCUGUUGCAGCCAAGCAUUUGGGUGAUAACCAGUUGCUGGAUCGUUACUUAGCCCGUUUCCGAGGGAUUAGGCUUCCUAGUUACUUGCCAUACGAGUUGUUAUAUGGUAGAGCAGGAUACUUGUGGGCAUGCUUGUUCUUGAAUAAGCAUAUCGGGAAGGAUAGUGUAUCAUCUGAGAGAAUGAGAUCAGUGGUUGAGGAAAUCUUCAGGGCAGGAAGACAGCUCGGGAAUAGAGGAACUUGUCCGUUGAUGUAUGAGUGGCACGGCAAGAGGUACUGGGGGGCUGCACACGGUUUAGCCGGGAUCAUGAAUGUUUUGAUGCAUAUGGAACUUGAACAAGAUGAAAUCAAAGAUGUCAAAGGUACACUAAGCUAUAUGAUACAAAACCGUUUUCCUAGCGGGAAUUACCUAUCUAGCGAAGGAAGCGAAUCGGAUCGCCUUGUUCACUGGUGUCACGGUGCUCCUGGUGUUGCUCUCACACUUGUAAAGGCAGCUCAGGUUUUUAAGACAAAGGAAUUUGUAGAGGCAGCAAUGGAGGCAGGAGAAGUUGUGUGGAACCGUGGAUUGCUUAAACGAGUAGGAAUCUGUCACGGUAUCAGCGGAAACACAUACGUGUUUCUUUCUCUAUACCGGUUAACAGGAAAAGCAGAAUAUUUGUACCGCGCAAAAGCUUUCGCGUCUUUCCUACUCGAUAAAUCAGAGAAACUCAUCUCAGAAGGUAAAAUGCAUGGAGGAGAUAGACCCUUCUCUCUAUUUGAAGGCAUUGGAGGAAUGGCCUACAUGUUUCUCGACAUGAACGAUCCAACACAAGCUCUAUUUCCAGGUUAUGAACUCUAAAAAGUAUAAAACUUUCCCUGUAACAACAACAAGCUUAAAUACUGAAUGUAAAAUAGCUGUCUAUAUUAUAUAAGAUUUAUACA